CUAACAUUUGCGGUGAGAAGACCAUGCGAGCAGCAGCCAUCUCCACGCCAGAGUUAGACAAAAUGCCAGGAAUGUUCUUCUCUGCUAACCCAAAAGAAUUGAAAGGAACGGGGCAUUCACUUCUAGAUGACAAAACGCAGAAAAGGAGGCCAAAGACUUUUGGAAUGGACGUGAAGGCAUACCUGAGAUCUAUGAUCCCACAUCUGGAAUCCGGAAUGAAAUCUUCCAAGUCCAGGGACAUCAAGUAUAAUCAGUACAUCAGGCACAUAGCUGGUCAAGAUGUCUUUGGAAAUUUUCUAAAGUCAGAGUUCAGUGAGGAGAAUAUUGAGUUCUGGCUGGCUUGUGAAGACUAUAAAAAAACAGAGUCUGAUCUUCUGCACUGCAAAGCAGAGAAGAUAUAUAAAGCGUUUGUGCAUUCAGAUGCUGCCAAACAAAUCAAUAUUGACUUCCAUACUCGAGAAUCUACAGCCAAGAAGAUUAAAGCAGCAGCCCCUACAUGUUUUGAUGAAGCCCAAAAAGUCAUAUAUACUCUUAUGGAAAAGGACUCUUAUCCCAGGUUCCUCAAAUCAGAUAUUUACUUAAAUCUUCUAAAUGACCUUCAGGCUAAUAGCCUAAAGUGACUGGUUCCUGGCUGAAGAGACUCGAAAGAUGGCAUCAAGUACAGAAGGAUGUGCAAGUUUGGCUCCCUGGGUGGGCACCUCGGCCUUUCUGGGAGACUUGACGGGCCAGGGAAGAAGGAAUGGCUGAGACUGGACUGAUGCGGAAGUUGUCCGGGCGCAGAGUUGAGGCCACACACGCAAGACAAAAACUGAAAGCCUGCAGAGGGGACACACUAUGGCACUGCCAUGCAAACCAGGGGACCUCUGUGUUGGAAAAUCCCUGGGGCCCGGGAAGCCUGGUAACUCUAGUCACACAGAAACUGUGGAUAAAGGUCAUGACACUGAUUUCCACAAGCUAUAAGCUUCAAGGUCAACUGACAUUUAUGCUGCAUAGUAUUAUACAUAGUUUGCAUUGAGCUGCCGAAAUCUCAUUAACUUAGAUACGCAGUUAAAAAGAUGUAUUUUGAAAUCACCAUUUAUUGAAACAAAGAUGUUAGGUGUUGUUUUGUUUGUUUUGGACUUGGAAGAAAACAGUGCAUUUAACUUAAGCUAUUGCUCUUAAAACCAUAAAGUAAGAAUAUAUUUGUAAAUUAAAUUAUUGUGCUAAUACAAAUGUGU